CUGUGCAAGUCUAUAGAACAGUAAAGAAUACAGAUUUAAAAAAGUUAUUGUAAUGAAAAUGAAUACAUUCAAUGGUCAGCAACGAGGACGGAUCAUCAUCAAAUGGUACUAAUGACCAACACUAGUUAUUUGUUAGUACCAGUGACAAUACAUAGUCAUUUGUGAGUGCAUGAGGACUCAUUUCUCGUUAGUUCCAGUGUCUUGAACAGGUCAUGCAUUAGCGCCAGUGAAAGCAACUAACUACUUUGUAGUUAGAGUGACAAGAAAUAGUAUGCCUUAGCGCCAGUGACAGUAGUCAUCUAUCAGCGCCAGUGGCAAUAGUUAUCUAUUAGCGCCGGUGACAGUAGUCAUCUAUUAGCGCCAGUGACAAGUUUUCUGUUUAGAAGCAAUCUUUCACUUCGAAGGCAGCGAAAAACAGUUGAAUUCACUUAGAGUUUGGGGUGGGAAAAACUCCGCCUGUCAAUUCCGAUAAUAAAAGUAGGAGUGAUUGUUACCGGAAACCACGACACUUUUUGUCGUUCAUUAUGUAGAGUUAACGAGAGUAAGAGAGCGAGGAGAGAGGUCUGAAACACUGAACGAAAGACAUUGAUAUGUAAGCUGGCGUGAGUGAGGUCACCACUACCACCAUCAUGCCAGCCCAUCGCCUCCAGCUGCAGCUCCAGCUGCUGCUGCUGCAGCUGCUGCUGUUGCUGCUGCUCGUCCUUAACUACGGUUCAGCUUCAAGAGUUCACCACCAGGGGCAAGUGUUUCACCGCCACCUUCCCAAACGACUCGCCAACACCAUGCACGACUACCGGAGGUUCCUGGUAACUAACUCCAACACCGCAACAGAUAUCGACGUUACGAAUUCUUCCUCGUUGUCUGUUCACCAUCAACAUGGGAAGAAAGACUCGUAUAUACUGGAUAAGUCCCGAGGGAUCCCUGACGUUCACCAGCCGUAUUUACAGUUGCAGCCACAGCGCACCUGGACGGCUGGACCUCGUCUGGACUACGAUGAUUCUACUACAAGGGACCCAGCUAUCCCCGAUAAUCCUGAGGGACUGAAGAAUCCUUCCCUUCUAGUAGGACCUUGGGAAGAGAAGCCUACUAUUAGGGUCACCGAUGCUGUCUUUAGAGGUGUGAACGGCAGUGUGGUGGGCGCCCAGGCUGGUACAACUGCCAAUCUUCCUUGUGUCAUCCUCAACAGGGCAGACCAUGAAACAGUGUCUUGGAUACGACUUCGCGACUACCACCUCAUCACGGUGGGUCGUCAGACCUACAGCAAGGACGACCGCUUCUCUGUCACCUACAACAGACACCUCAACGAAUGGACGCUCCACCUGCGGUACGCCCAGGCCAGAGACGCGGGUCAGUACCUGUGUCAACUGUCCACUCACCCUCCCAUGGUGUUUAUAUCUACACUCACUAUCACAGAAGCAUCAUCAGAGAUCGCUGGGGGUCCAGAGAUGUACGUUCAAGAGGGCAGUGCUGUAGUGCUCGACUGUACCUUACAUCAGCAUACACAGACCCCGGUGUACGUCUUCUGGUACCACAACCGUACCAUGAUCAACUUUGACACCAACAGACAGGUGUCAGUGCGCAAGACGAGCGACGGUAGCGUCUUGACACUAGCUGGAGUGAGACGUAGAGAUUCCGGCAACUACACCUGCGUUCCAGCGAACGCGAAGCCUGCCUCCAUCACCCUACACAUCAUAGCUGGUACGUCACUCUAGCCUCCAUCACCCUACACAUCAUAGCUGGAACGUCACUCUAGCCUCCAUCACCCUACAUAUCAUAGCUGGUGUGUCACUCUAGCCUCCAUCACCCUACACACCAUAACUGGUAUGUCACUCUAGCCUCCACCACCCUAAACAUCAUAGCGGGUACGUCACUCUAGCCUCCAUCACCCUACACAUCAUAGCUGGUAUGUCACUCUAGCCUCCAUCACCCUACACAUCACAGCGGGUACGUCACUCUAGCCUCCAUCACCCUACACAUCAUAGCUGGUAUGUCACUCUAGCCUCAAUCACCCUACACAUCAUAGCUGGUAUGUCACUCUACCCUCCAUCACCCUACACAUCAUAGCUGGUACAUCACUAUAGC